CGCAUUGCUUAGCGGCAUUUGAAAAGCCACACCUGAGUCUGGGCUGUCAGCAUCCAGUCUUCCCCGGCCCUGCUCGCCUCCGGCAGGUGGCCUGAGUUUGCCAAACAUCCUUGCAGAGCCAAGUCCAGAGGCCUGUCCCUCCUCUGCCUCCACCAUGUCUGCAAGGACCAUUAUCAUCGACCACGGGUCUGGCUUUCUGAAGGCGGGCUUGUCCGGGCUGAAUGAGCCCCAGAUGGUCAUUCCGAGCAUCGUGAGCUACCUGCCAUGCAGAGAGAACCCUGGCCCCAGCUCUGCCCGGAGGCGCUUGAUUCUAGGCAUUAGCUCUGACCACCCCGACACCUUUAGCUACCCCAUACAGCGUGGCCGUGUCCUCAACUGGGAGGCUGUGGAGAACAUCUGGACAGUUGUUGUGAAGAAAUGUAGACGGGGGCAUGAGGACUCCCCUGUAAUCAUCACAGAGUCCCCCUUGAGAGAGCCUGUGGACCGGCGGAAGACCCUGGAGAUUAUGUUUGAGUCCCUGAAUGUCCCCUCCAUACUCCUGGCAGACCAGCUGGAGAUGUCCCUCUACGCCUCGGGCCUCCUGACCGGCGUGGUGGUCGAUUCUGGCCACGGCCUGACCCGCGUGCAGCCCUUCCAUCUGGGCGGCUCCGUCCGCACCGGCGGCAGGACGCUGGAGUUCGGGGGCCAGGACCUCUCCGCCUACCUCUUCAAGAGCCUCUUUCAGGAGGAGUGCAACGAGCACGACCUGUUUCAGAUGGACACGGUCACCACCAUUCAGAUGAAGAGGUGCUUCGUGCCGCCGAGUUUUGAGGAGGCGCUGGGCCUGCACCAGAGACGGCGGGCCAGCAGGCCGGAUAAGAGCAACACCUACCAGCUCCCAGAUGGCACCGCCCUAGAGCUGACCGCCAUGCAGCGGAUGGCUCCGGAGAUGUUCUUCAGCCCCCAGAGGUUUGACCUGCCAGGGCCAGGCCUCUCGCAGGUGGUGCGUGACUCCGUUGAGACCUGUGACGCCUCCGUGCAGCCGGUGCUGGCUUCCCACGUGAUGGCCUGUGGCGGCAACACCCUCUGCACGGGCUUCACAAAGCGCCUGUUCAACGAGCUGACCACGGAUCAUUUCCCCUCCAUCCAGGUCUCCAUGUCGGUAGGUUCCAACAGAAACUUCAGCGUCUGGCUCGGGGCAUCUGUUGUGGCUCAUCUGUCCACUUAUGGGUCUCAGUGGCUGACCAAAGAGGAGUAUGACGAGCAGCUGCUUAUGUGACCUGCGGGCUCCAGAAGGCCCCGGCUCCCCUCGGAGCGGCGCGAGCAGGUUGACUUCAGCAAGGGGGUCCGGGCAGGGGUGGGCUUAGCUGGCUUCGGAAUUCUGGGUCACGAGGGAUGUUUUAGAAUUUUAUCUUGUUUCAAGAGUGGACCCCAGCUCCUGGAGGGCUCGGGUGUCAUCCCAGGAAAUGGAAAUGCUCCUGGGGACCUUUUAUUGGGGUUCUGUCCCUGGAUGCCCCCUCUGUGCCAAGGGCCACCUGUUUUUCUCAGCCUCUCCUUGGGCAGUUUCAUUCGUCUGGGGGGAGUAGGUUUCACUGGGCCAGAGGGACUAGGGCCAUUGGCUAGUGGUCCUGCUUAUUUUUGACUAGGGGGCACGGGAGGGUGAGGAUGGGGACAGCUGAAUUUCUAGUCCUUUCUGGCCAGGGAGGAAUUGCUAAAGGUGGGUCUGCAGUGCCCUUCCCACCUGGGCCAGGGUCUUGUUUUAUAUUUGCAAAUAAAUAACC